AUGUCACAUUCUAACCACAAACAAACGCUCCGUAAGGACUACCCAUGGACAACUUAUCCGCUUAUAUCAUCUGCUCCUAUGCGCUUAAUAUCAAAGCCUGCUUUGGCUUUAGCUGUAUCUAGAGCUGGUGGUCUCGGUUUCCUUGCUGCUGGUCACGAUCUCACCACCCUUUCGGACGAAAUCAGAGAGAUACAAGAUUCUCUCUCAGAUAAUCCUAUUCCCGGAAGCUAUCGAGAUACUCUUCCUAUUGGAAUCGGGUUUAUAGUCUGGGGUUGUGAUCUCGAGCACGUCCUGUCAAUUCUCGCUCCCCUUCCAUACCCCCCUGCAGCGGUAUGGUUGUUCGCGCCGCACACUAGCUCGGAUUUGCAGGAGUGGACAGAUUCAAUCCGGAAGCUCACAGGCAAUCUUACUAAGAUUUGGAUCCAAGUCGGCACCGUCUCUUCCGCCCUGACAGCUGCUCACUCUUGUGACCCUGAUGUACUCGUUAUUCAAGGUUCUGAUGCUGGUGGUCACGGUCUCGCUCAUUCUUCCUCGAUCGUUUCCCUACUUCCUGAAUGCACAUCUGCAUUACGUUCAAACGCAUAUUCACACAUACCUCUCAUUGCUGCUGGUGGCAUAGUCGAGUCACGUGGAGCAGCAGCUUCAUUUAUGUUGGGUGCUAGUGGGAUAUGCAUGGGUACACGAUUUUUGGCUUCUUCUGAGGCAGUGAUACCGACGGGUUACCGAAAUGCAGUAUUGGCAGCAGAAGAUGGUGGUGUAUCAACCACGAGAACAACCCUUUAUGAUAGAUUGAGGGGAACAGCAGGCUGGCCUGAAGAAUAUAAUGGAAGAGGAGUAGUUAACAAAAGCUACUGGGAUGAAGCGAACGGUAUGAGUAUGGAGCAGAAUAAAGAGCUUUAUGAAGACGAGGCGAAAAGAGGAGAUGAAGGCUAUGGGAACAAGGGACGAUUGUGCACAUACGCUGGCAGUGGCGUUGGGUUGGUUCGAGAGACCAUGGAUGCUCGUGAUAUUGUAAUCGAAGUGAGGGAGGGGAUGAGGAAAUUGAUUCGAGAGGGAUCAAGUCGUUUGUGA